AUACAAACCUAAAAUCUCGGUACCGCCGUGCUUUCCUCUUCAGCCCUACGGAAGCUCCACGCUCCACGCUCACUCGUACGCCGCUGCUGUACAGCUACCUACCUUCCCACCCUCAACCCGCCGCAGACGCAGACGGGACAGACACGCAUCAUGUCCGUAACACUGCACACCACCCACGGCGACAUCAAGAUCGAAGUCUUCUGCGAGAGCGUGCCCAAGACCGCAGAGAACUUCCUCGCCCUCUGCGCCUCCGGCUACUACACCCCCACCCCCUUCCACCGCCUGAUCCCCGGCUUCAUGAUCCAAACCGGCGCCCCCCCUUCGUUGCCAAAGGGCGGCACCUCCAUCUGGAACCACGACUUCGAAGACGAGAUCCGCCCCUCCCUGCGCCACAACGCCGCAGGGAUCGUGAGUAUGGCCAACAAAGGCCCCGACACGAAUGGGAGCCAGUUCUUCAUCACCCUCGCGCCGGCGCCGCAUUUGGAUGAGCGGAAUACGGUGUUUGGACAUGUGGUGGGGGAGGAGGGGAUGGAGACUCUGAAAAAGUUGGGGGGGGUGGAGGUGGGGAGGAAGAAUAGGCCGGUGGGGGAGGUGGGGGUGGUAGGGGUGACGGUGCAUGCGAAUCCUUUGGCGGGGUGA